GACCAAACAGUGGUGGUUUUACAUGAGAACGAGAGCUCUUCCUGCUCCUGAAUGCCUGUUUGGAAGCGAGCUCCAGACUGCUACCUGCCCAUUUCUGCAUGGCUGAGCAAAUUCACCGGUAAAUCCCAGCCUCUCCUCAUUUCCAUCACUGUGCGUCUCCAAAUUACAGAGAAUCCAUUCCUGAGCUGGACAGGUGCCAGAAGUUUCUCAUCCCGCUGUCGGUGGCUGUCUUUUCCUCUCCCGUCUUCGAGGCUUUCUGAUUCCUGGAGUGAGCUCGACUCAGAGGUUCCCAGCCUCUCCCUCGCCUGGCAUUCCCCCACAGUCACAUCCAGCUCUGUGAUUCAGAGGACGACGUGUGGCAGCUUUUGAUUCUCGUCUCCUGUUACCUGCAGGUGUUCCAGAAACUUCAAAAUGCGUCUGGAAGAGCUGAAAAGAUUGCAGAACCCUUUAGAACAAGUCAACGAUGGGAAGUAUUUGCUUGAAAACUGUCGGCUGGCCAUGGAUGUGCAGAAUAAUGUUGAAAAAUAUCUAAAUCUGCAGCCCUUGGAAUCAAGGAUGAAGAUCAUCCAGCGGGCGUGGCGCGAGCAUCUGCAGCGGCAGGAGCCCCUGGAGAAGAGGAGCCCGUCGCCACCUUCAGUGUCCUCCGGCAGGCUGAGCAACUCCAGCAGCGUGAACACCUUCUCCGACAGCAGCACACCUGAUCAAAGCAGCUAAGUGAGGAGCUGGACCCUGCUUAUAUCACAAGCCACUGUCAUUUGGACCCGCCCCUCCAGCAGGAAUCAUGGAGAGCAAAGCCACAAUGAAGACACCCUGGCAUAUUAUGCUCCAUCUGCAAAGCACUUCACAGAUACCAACUAAUUAACCCUCCACUUCCCUCCUGCCCUCCUACCUUAGAAGCAGGUGGCAUCUCCAAAUUAUGUCACAGCUGCUUGCAGAGAGAUAGACACAAGAACAUCCUCAAUGAGGUCCAGGGCUGCAAAACA